AUGGUGCUCAAUAAGAGGAAGCCGGUCCAUCUCAUACCGCAACCGACCAACUUGACGGAUACCACCGAGGUUUUUGUCAUGAAAGGCACGGGUGAAGUCUUCACGGAUUAUGAGAAAUACAUCAAGCGGUAUAAAAAGUUCACCGAUGCGGUUAAUGGCAAGUCUGGUCUGACAUAUUGGGACGCGUUACAAUCAGAGACGAAAAGCUCCAAGGUCAUCGAGAAUGUCUUUCCGGAAGUGCUCCGCGACCCGAUCCUGCGCAAAGUCCAGUUCUCGACGAUCUCGAGGAUGGAUGAGCUCGUCAACACCAUCUUCGAUGAGUUCAAGCAUGACUUCUUUCCCGGCGAGGAUGUGUCUGUGCUGUUCGAUAGCGGCGAGCAGCUUCAAGGCGUCAUCCGCGAGAAGGCGAAGUUCCCGAUGAUCCGCGCUGCAGAUGGAUCGAUCCAGCGCGAGCCAUUUUCGAGAUACUUUGUGAGGAUUAGCGAAUCUUCCAACGACGAGGCUCUCGCGGACGACAAGCACAUCCGCCGCGACCGCAAAGUCUUCACGAAGCAGAACCUCCGCUCAUUCCUUAAGAACUCGUUGCAGCGCGAAGCCUGGACUGGAGCCCCAUGGCUGGUCAAGGAGCACCUCGCAAUUCACUAUCGCCUGCCGAUGGAGAUUCCAGCACACCUCCUGCAAGACGCUCGAUUACUGAUGCACAAGCAGCAAGCGCUGGCAGUGCGGCCACCGAAGGGCAGGAAAUCGAAGAACCUCACUGCGCAGGACUUCUCUCGCAUGUCGUCAGAUGAGGCACGCAUGCACAUGCACCAUCAGCAACAACAUCCCGGCGCUGCGCAACAUCAGCACGUGCAGAACAACGCGCAAGUGCAGAUUCGUCCUCCAGCGCCGCCACCCAUCAAGUACCCAAUCGAGGAUCUCGACGUCGCGCCGAAGAGAAACGGUGUGACUCGUCCGGAGCUGAAGUUCUUCACGGAAGAGAUGGACAAGUACGUUCGAGGCAACCGCAAGACGUCCUCUUUCCAAGGCAUCGACAUGGAGUCGCUGGGCAUGCUACUCGAGGUGUGGAAUACGCUCAAUGUGCAGUGCGAGGUCUAUGUCUUGGACAGCUUCACGUUCGACGACUUUGUGGAUGCGAUGAGUUAUUCCAACCUCGAUACGCCGUGCGAGCUUCUGGAUGAGAUUCACUGCGCUGUGCUGAAGCUUUUCCUGGAUAAAGAUGGCAACGUCACAGUCAAGGAUCUGCCGAAGAAGCCGGAAGAAGGUGGGGAUGAAUCAGAGGUGCAAGACGAGAGCGAGGUCUCAACACCAGCCGAGGACGUUCCGGCACGGUCGACCCGCAGCAGAUUGAGCAUCAUGGAGUCCGCUGCGGAUACAGUGCAGAGCCCAGGCGAGCGAGGCAAUCGAGCCGCAGGAAUGUUGUCCGAUCGCGACUGGAAGGAGAGGCUUUUCACGGGCGAGUUCGAAGAUGGCGGCUGGCAGGUGAUUUUGGUUGGAGUUCUGUACCAACUCUCGCUGAAUUCGAGAUUCAAGGACAGGUGCAACGAGAUCCUGGCGGAAUUGGCUCCGAUGGAGAUGGAGCCCAACCAACAGACCGCUCUCGUGCAGUACGCCGACCUGGACAUCAAGCUUCGGAUCUCCGCGCUGCAGAUGUUGACGAUCCUGACCAUUCGCACGGACACAGUCAAAACUUUCCUGGAGGCUUGCAUGGAGGACAUGACCGAUGUGAGGAAGAAGAAGAUUGAACUUCAACGCGCGAAGAAGGCAGCGGCGGAAGAGUUCGCGGCAAAGGACCAGGAGAGGAAGAUUCUGCUUCCAGAGCAUAUGCCGGAGUCGCCCAAACUUGAAGAGAGCGUCGUCAGCGUCGAACACGAUAUAACUGAGGACACCAUCGAGCUCAACGGUGGAGGGAGCACGGAUGGUGAUGACGAAGCAGCCGCCAACGGCCGUUCUCUGCGCCGCGGUAACGACCGCAAGCGCAAACGCGAUGAAGAAGCCGCCCGCCGCGAAAAGAUCAAAGCUGAAAAGGCGGAAGCUGCAAAGAAAGAGACCAAGGCCGCAAAGGAAUUCAGGAAGCUCGUCAACGAAGUCGAAGAACUGCGGAAGAAGAUCAUCCACCUCGAAGAACAGAUCGACGAGUGCGACUCCGACCUGCGCGAGGCUAACGUCCAGCGUACCAAAGUGCUCGGCAAGGACCGCUUCUGCAAUCGUUACUACUGGUUCGAGCGCAACGGCCAACCAUUUGGCGGACUGCCCACCUCCUCCACUUCCUCAUACGGCUAUGCCAAUGGCCGCAUCUGGGUGCAAGGCCCAGACGACAUGGAGCGUGAAGGCUUCAUCGACCGCCCGAAACCCGAGCAGAACGAAUACCACGCCCGCUUCCGCUGCACCGUUCCCGAACGCCGCCAACAAGAGGAAGGCGCCACGAUCCUCGCCAACGCCUCCGAGUGGGGGUUCUACGACAGCCCGGACCAUCUGGACGCUCUCAUCGGCUGGCUGGACGAGCGUGGCGAGCGCGAGAGGGCCUUGCGCAAAGAGCUCAUGGCGUGGCGGGACAAGAUCGUCCAGUACAUGAACGCGUACCAUGACUUUGUGGCUUCGGAGGAGAAGAAGAAGGUGGAGGAAGAGGAGACGAAGGAGGUGGCCCUGGCGACGCGCAUCAAUACGAGGCAUAAGGUCGCUGAGGAGAAGGCGGAGGAUGUGGAGCGGUGUUGUCGAUGGACGAAUACCAUGGCGCUCACUGAGCUGGAACACAUUCACUCGAGGCCUGGGAAGGGCAAGGAGAAGAAGGGGAAGAAGGGUGUUGCUGUUCCUGUGAGUCGCUCGGGGAAGCCAGCGACGAGGCAGGGAGAGCGGUACAAGUUCUAA